AUGAGAAGAGUUAAGAGAUUUGAGAAUGACUUACUCAAAUUUAUAGAGCUAAAUCAAGAAGAUUAAAAUACAAAAAGAAGAUUUCCCUCUUAAUUACCUUCCCUCUAAUUGAGUCGUGUUACUGUAGGAAUGACAGAUAUUGAAGAAACUCCUUACAUCUUCAGAAAAUUUGGAUAGCGUAAUCAAAAAAAUCAAAUGCCUAUAAUCUCUUUAAAACCCUUUGUAAGCCCUGAUUAUACUUAAAGGAUUAAGACUAAAAUCCUCCUUCGAAAAUUUUAGGCCUUAAGAAAAAUAGGAAAUUCUUCAUUUCGAUGA